CUAAGAAAACGACACCGUUUUCCUGACACAGGCCGUGAGAAGAAACAAAAAAAUAACAGGUGAAAUUUGGAAGAGUUUAUUUUUUACCGAUUCACAACUGGCGGAACUGACCCGAGAGGCCAGCAACAUUAUCAUGCCCUGUCAUUCAAACCUGACAGGUCACGCCGUCGAAAACACACCAUCAAGAUGAGUACCAUCAAAGCCAAACUCCGUCAAGAUCAGCGUUCGCUAUAUGUUAACCUCCGUCAAAUCCGUAUCGUACUGUAGGACCCCUCAUGCAACCUCUCUCUCUCUCUCUCUCUCUCUCUCGCAAUCUUCAAAUUGUUUAUUCAUUCCAAGUUUGAUACGUAGGGAGAGUUCGAUUCUCCUUUUACGAGGCAUUCCAGAGCUUCAGUGCUACUUUUAUAAAGCUCUCCACAGACCUUUUUGAUUCAACACUCUCUGGAGAAGAAAGAACCCCGUGAGUGAAAAAAACACCGAGACAGAGAGAGAGAGAGAGAGGGAGAGAGAUGAGGAUCUCUUUCACGUGUUCUUUUCAGCUUGUUCACAUUGCUUUGGUUUUCCUGCUUUUCUCAGCGUGCAAGACAAACGGUGGUGAUCUUGAAGUGCUGCUGAAGCUCAAGUCGGCCAUGACUGGGCCCAAAGGUUCGGGCCUGAAGGACUGGAACUCUUCGUCGCCAACAGCCCAUUGCUUCUUCUCCGGAGUUUCGUGCGACAAGGACUCACGGGUUGUUUCUCUCAACGUGACUUCUAGUCCUCUCUACGGUUUUCUGCCGCCGGAGAUUGGGUUACUGGACAGGCUGGUGAACCUAACGAUCUCCGGCGACAAUCUCACGGGGAGACUUCCGAAGGAGAUAGAAAAGCUCACGUCGCUCAAGAUACUCAACAUCUCUAACAACAUCUUCACCGGCAAUUUUCCUGGAAAAAUCAUUGUUGGAAUGACAGAGCUCGAGGUUCUCGACACGUACAACAAUAACUUUUCUGGGCCUCUUCCGACUGAGCUGGUGAGCUUGAAAAACCUGAGACACCUUUGUCUCGGAGGGAACUACUUUUCGGGUCCAAUUCCGGAGAGUUACUCGGAGAUUCAGAGCCUCGAGUUCCUUGGCUUGAACGGAAACGCACUUAUGGGCGAAGUUCCGGCUAGUUUAGCUCGGUUAAAGAAUCUCAAACACAUGUAUUUAGGGUACUUCAACUUUUUCGAAGGGGGUAUUCCGCCGGAGCUGGGAUCGCUAAGCUCGCUUCAAAUCCUCGACAUGGCAAGCUGUAACCUCCACGGCGAGAUUCCCGCUACACUCAGCCAGUUGAAGAACUUGAACACGCUGUUUUUACAAGUCAACCGCCUCACUGGUUAUAUUCCUCCGGAGCUUUCUGGUCUAUACAACUUGAAAUCAUUAGAUCUCUCAAUCAACGAACUCACCGGAGUGAUACCGGAGAGCUUCUCAGAGCUCAAGAACAUCACGCUACUCCACUUGUUCAAGAACAAACUGUACGGUCCAGUCCCGGCCUUCAUCGGCGACCUUCCGAAUCUCGAAGUGCUUCAGCUAUGGGAGAACAACUUCACGCUCCAACUCCCCGAAAACUUGGGUCGCAAUGGAAAGCUCAAGGAACUCGACGUGGCGACCAAUCAUCUCACCGGGUUGAUUCCUCGCGAUUUGUGCAAAGGAGGGAAAUUGUCGAUGCUGAUCUUGAUGGAGAAUUUCUUCUUCGGACCAAUCCCUGAAGAGCUCGGCGAAUGCAAGUCGCUUACGAAGAUCCGAAUCAUGAAGAACCAGCUCAAUGGGACGAUUCCGGCGGGGAUUUUCAACUUGCCUUUGGUGUCGCAGAUCGAGGUCAACGAGAACCACUUCGCUGGUGAGCUUUCCUUCGAACUUUCUGCGAGCAAGCUCGGAAUUCUUACGCUUUCCGGCAAUCAAAUCACCGGGAAAAUUCCUCCGGGAAUUCGAAAUUUCAAAAAUUUGCAGACUCUAUCGCUGGAAAUGAACAGUUUUACUGGUGAGAUUCCGGAGGAAAUCUUUCAUCUACCCUUGCUCUCGAGGAUCAACGUGAGCGCCAACAAUCUCAGCGGCGAAAUUCCGGCUUCAAUUUCGAGCUGUACCUCUUUAACCUCCGCCGAUUUCAGUCGAAACAACCUGUUUGGUGAAAUUCCCAGAGGGAUUUCCAAGCUGAACGAUCUCAGCAUUCUCAAUUUCUCGAGAAACCAGCUCACAGGCGAAAUCCCCAGCGAAAUCAAAUUCAUGACGAGCCUCACAACGCUGGACCUCUCGGAAAACAAUCUUCGGGGAACAAUUCCCACCGUCGGGCAAUUCUUGGUUUUCAAUGACAGCUCAUUCGCUGGGAACCCCAAUCUCUGUCCGCCACAUCCUGCCACUUGCCCGUCUUUUGUGGGCUCUCCGGGUCAGAUUUCGGGUCGGAGCCGUAGCGAUUCCGGGGCUUGGAAGGUCGUAAUCGCCGCGAUCGCUAUCGUAACGGCUCUGUCCUUGGUCCUCGUUACGGUUUACUUGAUGCGAAAAAAGAAGCUCCAGAAGUCUUGCGCGUGGAAGCUCACGGCGUUCCAACGGCUCGAUUUCAAGGCCGAGCACGUGUUGAAGUGUCUGGAGGAAGAGAACAUAAUAGGCAAAGGGGGAGCCGGGAUCGUCUACCGCGGGUCCAUGCCAGACGGCGACGUGGCGAUCAAACGGCUGGUGGGUCGCGGUUCCGGGCGGAACGACCACGGGUUCUCGGCGGAGAUCAAAACCCUGGGGCAAAUCAAACACCGAAACAUCGUAAGGUUGUUGGGUUACGUGUCCAACAAGGACACAAAUCUUUUGUUGUACGAGUACAUGCCCAACGGGAGCCUGGGGGAGAUGUUACAUGGAUCCAAGGGAUCGCAUUUGCAGUGGGAAAUGAGGUACAGGAUCGCUGUCGAGGCUGCCAAGGGGCUCUCCUAUCUUCACCAUGACUGUUCGCCGCUCAUCAUACACAGGGACGUCAAGUCCAACAACAUAUUGCUGGACUCCGAUUUCGAGGCUCACGUUGCUGAUUUUGGGCUCGCCAAGUUCUUGCAGGACGCCGGAGCCUCCGAGUGCAUGUCCUCCAUUGCCGGCUCCUACGGUUACAUCGCCCCAGAGUACGCUUACACGCUGAAGGUUGACGAGAAAAGCGACGUGUACAGCUUCGGAGUUGUGAUGCUGGAGCUGAUAGCAGGCAGGAGGCCAGUUGGGGAGUUCGGCGACGGUGUGGAUAUAGUGAGGUGGGUUAGGAAAACCACGUCGGAACUCUCUCAGCCGUCGGAUGCAGCUUCAGUCCUGGCAGUGGUGGACCCCAGGCUCAGUGGUUACCCUCUGACUGGGGUAAUACACCUGUUCAAGAUAGCUAUGAUGUGUGUGGAGGAUGAGAGCUCUGCCAGACCUACUAUGAGGGAAGUUGUUCACAUGCUCACGAAUCUUCCUCAGUCUGGCCACAGUCUCAUCAACCUCUAGAAAAAAAAAAAUUAAAAAAAAAAAAAAAAAAAAAAUUGCAAUGGAGCUCAAGAUGGAUAUUUUUGAGUAAAAUAAGAGUGAACUGAAAUUGUAAUAAUAUUGUGACAGGAGGUGGUGGGGUUGCAAGAAAGUUAAACCUAUUACCCUGCUUUCAUGGUGGGUGAAGUUUGUCACUGUAAAACGCCGAUUUUGAGUUGUUAACCGGUCUGUUUAUGUAAUAUAUGGUGUUGACCGCUGAUUGUGACUA